AUGCCACGCGUCCACAUAGGACGCCUGAGCUACAACAUCGGGGAGAAGGACAUCCAGCGCUUUUUCAGUGGCUAUGGUUGCCUUCUCGAAAUAGACCUUAAAAAGGGAUACGGCUUCGUGGAGUUCCAGGACUCCCGCGACGACAGCGACGCCGUGUACGGGCUGAACGGCAGGGAGCUCUGCGGCGAGCGCGUGAUCGUGGAGCACGCCCAGGGCCUGCGCCGCGAGCAUGAUGGCUACAGCUAUGGAAGCCACAGUGGUGGAGGCGGAUACGGCAGUCAGAGAACCUCUGGCAGAGGCGAAUCUGGACCACCUGUAGGCGCAGAAUUCAGGCUUAUUGUAGAACAUCUUUCUAGUCGUUGCAGUUGGCGAGAUUUAAAGGAUUUCAAGAGAUGAGCAGGUGAAGUAACCUAUGCAGAUGCUCACAAAGAACGCACAAAUGAAGGCGUCAGUGAGUUUCGCUCCUACUUGGACAUGAAGCAUGCUUUGGAUAAGCUGGACGGUACGGAAGUCAAUGGGAGAAGUAUUAGACUAAUUGAAGAUAAACCACGAACAAGCCACAGGCGGUCUUAUUCUGGAAGCAGAUCAAGGUCACGGUCUAGAAGAAGGUCACGAAGUAGGAGUCGUAGGAGCAGCCGCAGUAGAUCUCGAAGUAUCUCAAAAAGUCGCUCCCGAUCCAGGUCUCGGAGCAAAGGUCGAUCCCGUUCUCGUUCAAAAGGCAGGAAAUCUAGAUCAAAAAGCAAAUCUAAACCUAAGUCUGAUAGAGGCUCCCGUUCGCGCUUUCGGAGCAGAUCGAAGGAUGAAUAUGAGAAAUCUCGAAGCAGGUCUCGUUCUCCAUCUCGUUCCCCCAAAGAAAAUGGGAAAGGUGAUAUAAAGUCAAAAUCUAGAUCAAGGAGCCAGUCUCGUUCCAAUUCACCCCUACCUGCUCCACCCUCAAAGUUCCGUUCUGUAUCCCCUCCACCAAAAAGAGCUACAAGAUCCCGUUCUAGAUCUCAUUCAAAGUCAAGGUCACGGUCCAGAUCGAGUUCCAGAGAUUAACCCAGAACUCUACAUUCUUUGCACACUAUUACGGAACACUUUCCUACUUGCUUAGGCAGUUACUCUUCCACGUUUGUACUUGGCCUCUUCUGCAAGAAGAAUCUCCCAGAAAAAGGGGCAUACAAAAAUUGGAUUUGUAGCCAAAUUUGAUGAAAAAAAUGAGGUUCUAAAGAAAUGGCAUGAAGUCAAAGAUCCUCUCCCUUUGUAGAAUUAAGAUAACUUUGAUUUUAUAGCUUUUGAGCUAAAAUAACUUUUGUAAAGAUUAAGCUCAUUUAGGUUUUUGGUUUUGUUUUUUUUUUUAAGUAUUUCAGCAGGAUCCGCUGCAGGGGUUUCUGUCAUUGUUAUAUUUGUUUGCUUAAUUUUAAGUUAACCUUUUCAAGCUUUGAACACUUAGGGCUUUAGAGGGAGAACCCAAUUUCCAAUUAUGUUGGCUUUUUAUAAAGCUUGAGUUAUGUAAGAUUUCAAUAAAAGUUUGCUACCAAGAUGACUGCCUUAUUGAAUAGGUCACUCUUAAAUUCCUUUAAAUAUUGAUUAUCUGCUAUCUGUGGAAAUAAUGUAAAUUCUACUUAAGUGUAAAACAAGGCAAGUCUCAGACCAGCAAUAAAUUAUUCAAUUUGGAUAACA